AUGCCAUCUAGCCUCCAUGCUGCCAAACCGUCGACCGCGCUUUCACAGCUUACCCGGAACCUGGCUGGGUUGGAGGCCGGCGCUAUGUUCGGUACCCUAAUUGACUACUGGUGGCUCACCGGCGAUGAUAGCUACAACAACAUCACAUCGCAAGCUAUGCUCCAUCAAGCGGGCACACCAGCCGAUGAUAUGCCCGACAAUCAGACGCUGGCCGUAGGAAAUGACGACCAAGGCUCCUGGGCCAUGGCUGCAAUGUCAGCAGCCGAGCAUAGCUUUCCCGAUCCUCCCGACACUCAUCCUGGAUGGCUCGUCCGAGCCCAAGCCGUCUUCAACGACAAAAUUGGGCUGGUAACGGACGAUAUGGGAAUCUAUGAUGACGUCACUAUCGGAGAUGGCCAAGAUUGCAGUAACAUCGUUAAGACGCAGUGGUCAUACAAUACUGGUAUCUUCCUCCACGGCGCCGCGGUGUUGUACAACCUUACAGAGAGCGACACGUGGAAAAAGCGCGUAGGCGGUAUGAUGAGCGACGUCUGGAACAAGUUUGUCAAGAACCACAUCAUCAACGAGCACUUCAAGGGAUACCUCGCCCACUGGAUGACCGCUACUUCUCAGGUCGCCCCGUACACCAACACGAAUAUCACAACACUCCUCAAAUCGAGCGCCCAAGCCGCUGCCAAGGUCUGUGAUGGAUGUCCCACGAGAGGUUAUGAAGGGUCCGCUGGUACGGCGUGCGGCUUUUCCUGGUUAGCCGAUUCAUUUGACGACAUCGUUGGUUUUGGCCUGCAGAUAAACGCCGCAUCUAUCCUCAUGUAUACUCUGGUGGACAAGGCUAAGGCGCCGGUUACAUCCAAGACUGGAGGAACUUUCAAGGGUAAUCCUGGUGGCAGAGAUACCAAUUCAGGCCAGGAGGACGGAAGGCUCAAAUAUAAGACCAUCACAAUAGCGGAAAAAGCGGGCGCUGGCAUCUUAACACUUCUUAUUGCCGCGGGUGUUGUUGGAGGUACCACUUUCAUGGUUAUGGAACGCUAA